AUGGUCAGACUUGUUAUCUCCUGGAUCCCUUUCUUAAUUUUGCAAUCGUUUCUCGUUGCCAUCGCUUCUGAGUCGAUAGAAGUUGAAGAAUUCAGCGAGGCAUUGCUUCUGAAGCCUCUGCCCGAUCGAAAAGUCUUAGCUCACUUCCAUUUCGAAAACCGAGCUCCUCCGUCAAAUUCCCAUGGCCGCCAUCAUCAUCUCUUCCCGAAAGCUAUUUCUCAGCUGGUUGAGAAAUUUAGGGUCAAGGAGAUGGAGCUAUCUUUUACUCAGGGCCGUUGGAACCAUGAACACUGGGGAGGAUUCGAUCCGCUAUCGAGUAUGAAUCCGAAGCCUGUUGGGGUCGAGCUGUGGGCUGUGUUUGAUGUUCCUCACUCUCAGGUUGAUACUUCCUGGAAGAACUUAACCCACGCACUGUCAGGGCUUUUCUGUGCUUCCAUCAACUUUCUAGAAUCCUCCACUUCGUAUGCUGCUCCUACAUGGGGGUUUGGGCCAAACUCAGAGAAGCUGAGGUAUGGCUCGCUGCCACGUGAAGCUGUUUGUACUGAGAACUUGACCCCGUGGCUAAAGCUGCUCCCCUGUAGAGACAAGGAUGGGAUCUCUGCGUUGAUGAACAGGCCUUCUGUUUACAGAGGGUUUUAUCAUUCUCAGAGAUUGCGUUUAUCAAGAGUUGAAUCUGGUCAAGAGGGGUUGGGUUCUGGCACAGUGCUGGAGCAGACUCUCACUGUUGUUCUUCAGCCUGAAACUAUCUCUGCUGGAACAGAUAUGCAGCCGAGUUGGUUCCUCAGCUCCCUCUUUGGGAGGAAAGUCGUUGGGAGAUGUGUUCUUGCGAAGUCGAGUAAUGUGUAUGUUCAAUUGGAGGGUCUUUCUGGUCAUGAACUCAAGAAGCUGGAUCCAGAGAGAGAAGCAUGGAAGAACGCAGAAUUCGAAUUGUCCAUAAAGCCAGAGAGGAUUCUUCCCGAAACCAGCAGCUUUCUUUUCGUCUACGAUAUUGAAAAAUAUAGUGACAGCGAGCCAUUUGAUCUUGGCCUUACUUGGAAGCUUCCUUCAAAAUGGGCAAGUCAACAAGCUCCGUUACACGCGAGUCGGUUUCUGAUGGGGAGUGGGAACGAGAGGGGUGCAAUAGCCAUCUUGUUAAAAGCGACAGAAUCUCAGGAGAAGUUAUCGGGAAGAGAUUUUACUGAUGGCCGUUGUACUGUAAAAGUUAACAUCUUCCAGAUUUUCCCAUGGUAUGUUAAGGUUUAUUACCAUACUCUACAAAUCUUUGUGGACAAACAGCAGAAGACAGGGAAUGAGGUCGUGAAGAAGAUCGAUGUCUCACCAUCUACGGAUAAGAUGUCAUCUGGCAUGAUGGAGAUGAUGUUGGAACUACCGUGUGAAGUGAAAUCUGUAGCCAUGUCCAUAGAAUAUGACAAGGGUUUUCUGCAUAUAGAUGAAUAUCCUCCUGAUGCUAAUCAAGGAUUCGACAUUCCAUCGGCUUUGAUAAGCUUUCCCGAUCAUCAUGCGAGUUUAGAUUUUAAAGAAGAAGUCAGUAAAUCGCCUAUAUUAUCAAAACUUAAGGAAAAAUCUCUAGUGCGCUCGUACACAGAAGUACUGCUUGUACCUUUGACAACCCCUGAUUUUAGCAUGCCUUACAACGUAAUCACGAUCACAUGCACCGUCUUCGCAUUGUACUUCGGAUCAUUGCUCAAUGUUCUCCGUAGACGAGUAGGUGAAGAAGAAAGGUUUCUCAAAAGCCAAGGAAAGAAAAAAGGUGGGCUUAAGCAGUUGUUGUCUAGACUCAUAGCCAAGAUUCGAGGGAGACCAAUUGAAGCACCAGCAACAACGAACGAGUCGCCUGAAGCUCGAUCUUCAGUCUUUUCUAGUAAACUUGUCUUUAAAAUCAUAUUAGUUGCAGGAGCUGCUGCCGCAUGGCAAUAUUUUUCCACGGACAAGUAG